AAAGCAAUACUAUGAGAUAACGCCGUGCAACAGAACCCAUGUGGGCUAGAUGGACCCCGGCAUCAGAAGCUGGGGGUCAAAGCGCAAGAAGACCGCGUACAGAUGGGGGCUUUUAGGAUUAUCGUCGAGAUAGUCUCUUUUCGGAAGGAGUCUAGAGGAAUUGCAUCGCCCCAAGCGCCAGAGCAGUUUGCGGAUCUAAAAGGGACGGCAAGAUCUCAACGGGCAAACAUGGCUGACCGCUGCAUGAGUAAAGCAUUAUGUCACACAUCUGGGAGCCGAAGGAGAACUAGCGACACGCAAACAGCCAAGCGGAAAAAGUAUGUACUUUGAUCAUGCAUGAUGUAGGUUAGUGAUGCUAGCGGGAUUUUCGUAGCAUCCAAUAGUCCGAUGCAUA